UUGCUGUUCAGCCCUAUGGAUGAAUCUAAGUCAGACACUGAUGAAGGAGAGACUCCGGCAGAAGCAACAACUUUGAGAAUGAACCAAUGUUGUGUUUCAACAUUUUGCAACUCUGCAAGCAUGGCAGAUCUUCCGGAAAUCUCUGGUGCUAAAACAGAGCUACAGCCUGAAGCCAUCUCUGAUAUUGGUGUGCUGGCAUCCAAGAAAGAACCCCCAGCAGACUACUAUAUUGUUGCACAAACAACAGAUGGCUUCGACGCCAACCUGUGGAAGGACAGCAUAUUCAAAUCCAAGGUCACACGCUAUCUCUGCUUCACCCGAGCUGCCACAUCCAAAAAUAAGCAAUUAUGCAACGUGGUCGUGGACAUGAAGUUGAUUGACUUGAAGGACUGUUUGCCAGAGGGCUUCACUCCGAUCCAGGACACCACGGAUACCCAGGAGCAGGCUUUGAAGAAGGAGAGGCUGUGUGUGAAGUUGGUCCCCAGGAACAGCACCGAUACGGCUAUAUGCGAUGUGGUUAUACAGGGGAAAUCAAAGCACAGCCUUGCUAAUUAUACAUUUAUAGGAGAGCUAAACAGUUUGGGGAUUUGGUAUCAGCUGGGAAAAGUCACUAAGUCGCAGGAGACGACGCACAAAACCUCCUCUUCCUCUACAACUGCUCUUGAUGUCGUCAGACGAUUCCCAGAGUCUCCGGCCAGUCCAACUAAAAAGAACAUCGUCAGGCCAGAUUAUGAACACCAAAUCUACAACAUAUACACCAAAUCAGCUAUGGAUGAUAUACCCUUUAUGAUCUCCAAAAAAUCUACCUCCACAACCAGAGAUGAAAUAGAGCCAGUCCAUUUCUUGAGCAUUGCCAUCAAAUCACCACAAGAGAUUGAGGAGGAAUACAACUAUUGUUUCAACAAUGAACACAGCGCUGCUGCCUUCCCAUGAACCCAGUGACUCUAGAGAGUGAAGAUUCACCAGUAACACUGGGUAACGGGGGGACUGGUGGUGACUGGAGCGUGAAGAGUCGAGAGAGCACACACCUCUUGGCGGAGUAGGGUCAGUAGACAGGUAAGUGUAAUGUUCCAAACAUUAGCUUACAGGAGUUCACUACAGUAUCACAAGGAGAUUUCACUGCUAAGUAGUGAAAGCCGUAUUGGAGACCAGACAAAGAAUGACUGUGAGGUGUGUGCUUUUAUUCAGGUCCUGAUGAGGGGCAGGUGAUUGCCAAGCGAGUAGAGGUGAGGGACAGGAGGGAUGCUGGGAAAUCUAGUUUUUGACUGGAUGACUGGACUGGUGA